CUCAGCGCAGAUCUGUUCAACAAGUCAUCUCAACACAGACGGUGUUUUUGACAAUUCAAACCUACCAGAGCAAUUGAAGGGGAGGACCCCGUUAUCAAAAGGACAAACGCUGUUUGUUAAGGUCUGCUUUAAGGCCACACCAUCUGAAUAAGCUACACGUAGAUCACAUGUAAAACUGUUAUUGAUGUAUCCGCCAGGUAUGUUGACUUUACGUCCAUGAAUGUAGAAGCAAAGUGAAAUGUUUCUUCAGCGGUGCCACUGAUUUUUUUUGUUUUUAUGUUUUGUUUUUUUUGCGGGGGUGAUUUCUUAAAAACGGUCAAGCAUGGAUGAUUUAAAAGACGACGAAAAGUCCUUCAUCGAGGGUUUACCUGAUGUAAAUGAACUAUGCAGUGGUGAGGGCUUUGUGUACGAAGACAUGUCAUUUCCACAGUGGUCAGACAGUAACAGUGAGCUAAAUGACACAAUAACAGAUGUACGCGAGCCUACGCCCUUGACAGAAACAAGCCCCUAUACAGAUGGAGAAAGGUCCUUUCUGCAUGUAUUACCGGAUGUAAACGAAUUGUGCAGUGAUGAUGAUGAUGAAUUCAGAUAUAGGGACCUGUCAUUUCCGCAGUGUUCAGGCAGCAACAGUGAGUUAAAUGACGAGGGGUCAGCUGUAAACGAGCCCGCGGCCUUGUCAGAAACAAAUUCAAGCAGUCCAACAAAAACAUUAGGCGGUGCCUUGGAUUGGGUGAUAGACUGCUAUGCAGACCGAGGGCUUUUAGAGCAGCCUCUAGACAAUGCCCGCCGUCUGGAUGGACAAAAUAGCGAAGCUUCGCCCCACGCCUGCCUCCCCGUUUCCAGCAUGCAAGAUGACGGGUGUGUUAAUGACAGCUCGAAUGACUCAGAAUCACCCGCUUGCUCCAUGCAAAGUAACAGACAUGUUGAUCAGAAUGACACCCCGAAUGCUUCGGAAUCACCGGGCCCCCUGUCACAGUAUGGAGGAGGAGGCACUAGCAGAGAUGCCGAGCCAAGUGUUAUCUCUCGACCUGUAUUCGGUAACAUAGAAAUGAGACAGUCUCUAGUCCUACCGCCUAUUGGGGGUGAAGCAGACUUUGGAGUCUAUUUUCAGGGUCUGAUGAACAAUGUGCAUAACAUGCGUGCACAUGCUUUUGCACGGGCAGAAAGAGAAGAUAUCAUACAAAUUGAGUUACGUGGUGAAGAACUAAGGUUUAAUGUAUCAGCCAUUUUAAAUGGUCCCGAUGAUAAUCUGGAUGAUUUUGAGGAGGGGCUGUUCAAAGCCAUGCAAUCGAAUAUCAUGGUAAUGGCAGAAGGCAACAUGGAGCUCGUGGUUCAAAUUGUUCAGGCCCCCCCGUGGGGGGGUUCAGGGUAAACGGAUGAUUAGUAAAAUGUUAGACAGUGAGAUUGUUAAAAAGAAGGCGCGUUUUCUUUACGUUGUUCAGAACUCCUCCAACCAGCUGUGUUUUGCUAUUAAUUUAGCACUGUUGUUACACGAUAACCUCACUGAUAAUGAGGGGGUCAAGCGCGGUAAAGAGAUCCAGAAUAUGGCGGGUUUGACAGCUCAUACAGCUGUGACAUUCAGCGACAUUGAUAAAUUCGAAGACAGCUUAAACUGUAAGAUAGUGGUUUUUUUACCGAAACGGUGACGACCGAACCCUUUGUAAAUUUCAGACAGACGCCCCCAAACGAGACAAAACUGUGUUUCUGUUCCUCCUACACAACCAUUACUAUGGUGUGAAGAACUUGAAGGGGUUUUUAGGCUCUCCGUAUGUCUGUGAGCAUUGCUAUACAGGGUACAGUUCUCAAUGGAGUCACUCCUGUACUGGGCAUUGCUAUGUCUGCCUUGACCCUGCAUGCACCCUGGCAGAGUUUAAACCCAUCUUUUGUAAAGACUGCAACAAAACAUGCCGUACAGUCGGCUGUCAUUCUCGACAUAAAGAGCAGAAACAGAGAUCAACAGACAUUGCCAGUAACUGUGAUUUACACAAAAAGUGUGCAGAUUGCCAACUUUCUUACUACACCCCCAAGAGUAAAGCAGAUAAAACACACAAGUGUGUGACGAAAAAAUGUAGGACAUGCAAGGAAAAAUUACCAUCUACUUCUACGCUCGGGUGUGAAAAACAUUUGUGUUACAUAGGAGUGCAGCCUAAAGAGACAGAACACAAUGACAACAUUGUGUUUUAUGAUUUUGAAACAAUGGCGGGGGCAGAUGGGGUACAUAUACCUUUCUUGGUUUGUACAAAAACCUUGGGGGGUGAAAUUUGGGUCGGCGAAGGAAUCGACUGUGCACGGCAGUUUCUGGCACACUUUAGGAGCCCAAAGUUCAAGAAUGCAACAUUCAUCGCGCACAAUGCUAAGGGUUUUGACAGCUAUUUCAUUAUCAACGCAAUGGUUGCACAGGGGCUAAAGCCCCCGUUAACAAUGCAGGGAAGUAAAGUGAUCUCUUUUACUGACGAGGAUUUCGGCCACAGGUACAUAGACUCACUGUCUUAUCUGUCUAUGCGUUUAGCAGACAUGCCAAAAGCUUUGGGGUUUGGAGAUAAAAUCAAGGGGUACUUCCCUCACGGUUUCAGCUCCGAGGCUAACCUGAGUUAUAUAGGCCCUUAUCCACCCGCACGCUGUUAUGGGGUUGAACGCAUGACAACUGGUGAAAAGAGUGACUUUCUCACGUGGUAUGAGACGGUACGCCGGGGCAUUUUUGACUUUAGAGAGCAGGCAUUGCUUUACUGCAAAAACGAUGUGGCCAUUCUUGCCCAGGGGGCCUCAUUAUUUCGGAAAGGUUUUCUCGGGGAGACAGGAGUUGAUCCUUUUAGUCGUGCGACUAUAGCUUCUGCCUGUAUGAAAGUUUUUACCACAAACUUUCUAACGCCCAAAACAUUGGCAAUCCCCCCACCCGACGACUACCGCCGUGAAAACAAGACGUACUCAGACGCAGGUAUUCAGUGGCUGGAGUGGGUAGCUCAGACUGCAGGUGUUUUUAUUCAACAUGCGUUGAAUGAAGGAGAGAAACGAGUGGGACGUUUCGUCGUAGACGGGUUUGCCGAAGUUACCGGGGAAAAGAUUGUCUGGGAAUUUCUAGGUUGUUUCUAUCACGGCUGCCCCUCUUGCUAUAAGGGGCAUGAGAAAAACCCCUUGAUAGGUCACACAUUUGAGCAUCUCCAUGCUGUUAGCGAGGCAAAACUGCAUGAGCUAGAGGCUGUCCAUGGGGCCAAAGUGAACGUUAUGCGUGAGCAUACAUGGGUUGAGAUGAAAAAAUCCAAUCAAGAUUUGAAGGCUUUCCUCAAGGUAUACAAUGCACCAGAACCGCUGACCCCCCGCGAUGCUUUAUACGGGGGAAGGACAUGUGCAGUAAAGUUGAGGCACACAGCAGCGGUGGAUGAAUCGGUUCAUUACUGCGAUUUCACCUCACUCUAUCCUUUUGUAAACUGCACAGGCCUAUAUCCACUUGGACACCCUCAGAUCAUAUUCCGAGAUUUCAAAGACCCUCGCAGUUAUUUCGGGUUAAUCAAAGCCACAGUAGAACCUCCUAGAGGUCUGUACUUUCCUGUCCUGCCCUACCGAACUGCAGCUGGUAAACUGGUGUUCACUCUAUGCCGCACAUGCGCAGAGCUUAACAACCAACAGGGGGCCUGCUUGCAUAGCAAAGAGGAAAGAGCAUUAACAGGGGUUUGGGUGACCCCGGAAUUCACCAAAGCUCUGGAUAUGGGUUACAAGAUGACUCAGAUCACAGAGGUGUGGCAUUUUGAGAAGAAAAGUGACAGCAUUUUUGUAGACUAUAUACACACCUUUUUGAAGGGUAAACAAGAAGCAUCAGGUUACCCUUCAGAGGCCUCAGAUGAUGAGAGCAGACAAAAGUAUGUGGCAGACUAUCAUGCUAAGCAGGGCAUCUUGCUGGAUGCAGAUAAAAUCAAAUCAAACCCUGCCAAAAGACAAGUGGCAAAACUAUGUCUCAACAGUUUCUGGGGUAAAUUUGCCCAGAGAAGCAAUCUGACUCAGACUAAGAUUGUGACCAAAGCCGAAGAAUUUCUUAACCUCUUGUUUUCAGCUAAACAUAAGGUUACGUAUUUCUCAUUCCUCAACCCCCGAACGGCUCUAGUUCAGUGGUGCUACGGGGAAAAUUGUUACUCUACUCCCAACAAGGUGGAUAACAUAUUCAUCGCCGCCUUUACCACAGCGUAUGCCAGGCUGAAACUGUACAGUGAAUUGGAGAAAUUACAGCGCAGAGUAUUCUACUACGACACAGAUAGCAUAAUCUAUGUGACAAGACAAGGAGAGAGCCCUCUACCUAUGGGUGUGUAUCUGGGGGACCUGACAGACGAGCUGGGGGGCGAUACGAUUAAAGAGUUUGUUUCAGCAGGCCCUAAAAGUUAUGCUUAUCAGACCAAAAAUCAAAAAAAAGUUGUGAUGCGCGUGAAAGGCAUCACACAAACGCAUGAAUGUUGCAAACGAGUGAACUUUGACAGUCUGGCCGACCUGGUGGAGGGCUACGUUCAAAACUCUGAGAGGGGAAGGGUAAUUGAGGUCCCUCAGCACAGCAUUGUAAGGAAUAAAGAGGUUUUCGCUUUGAGAAAUGUGUCAUUCACCAAAAAGUUCCGAGUUGUGUUUGACAAGAGACGUUUGUUAGCCGGGGGAAAUACUUUGCCUUUUGGGUAUUGAGAAAAUAAUUGACGACAUGUUUUCACCAAGUCAAAUUGAUUUUGACCCCCGACUGCGUGUUCCUUUUUCCUGUCUAGUAGUGGGCCCUAGUGGUUGUGGAAAAACUUUUUUUGUCAAGAAUGUAUUGCAAAAUUGUAUUCACGUAAUGGAUGUACAGCCUCAAAAUAUUGUGUGGAUUUAUACUUCUUUCCAGCCCAUGUAUGCUGAACUGCAGGAAAAGAAUAAAAAUAUAAAAUUCG